UCCAGGUAGCCGGCUUUGCCCUUUCCGCCUCUAUAAAUGCCGCCCCACGCUCUCGUCCACAGCAAAACCCAACUGAGCUACGUAUAACUAGUCACUCUGCUCUCUCACUCCACCGCACACACUCACAGAGGGACGCAGAGAAGCACCAGGGGAGUCCGGGAGUGAUGGCAAUGGCUCAGGGAAGAGGCAGUGCGGCGCAGGGCUUCGCCCUCGGCUUCCUCGUGCUGUGCCUCCUCCUCGGCGCCGACACCGCCGGCGCCGCCACCUACAACGUCGACUGGUCGUUCGCCGCCGGCAGCUGGCCCAGCCGCAAGACCUUCCGCGCAGGGGACGUCCUCGUGUUCAGCUACAACCCGAUCGUGCACAACGUGGUGGCGGUGGACGCCGGCGGCUACAACAGCUGCCGCGGCUCCGGCGCGACGCACACCUACACCUCGGGGAGCGACCGCGUGACCCUCGUCCCCGGGACGAACUACUUCAUCUGCAGCCUCAGCGGCCACUGCGGGCUCGGGAUGAAGAUGGCCGUCACUGCAAACUGAAGCGAGUCUAGCUGCAGCUUCCGGUUUCAGAAAAGCUAGCUGCGGCUGCGAUGCCAUCCGUGCGCAUGUGAAAACAUCAAUAAAGUGUUGUGGAACUCAGUGACUCCCCGCGUGUUGUAUCCUGAGUUGUUAACAUGAUACAGAAGCCAGCAGUGUGCAUCAAUUGAUGCAGAGACGGAGGUGGUAUCCUUCUUUUCGGAAGGAAAGAAAAAUACAGCAGCCAGUAGGCAUGCGUUAUGUGUGGAUAUGGAGGGUGGUAGGUAACGCAUGAUGUUUGUAUGAACGAUCGCCGGCAUGGCAGUAAAGAACCUCGGACUGGUUUGUUUAA